AUGAUCUCCAACCCACCAACCAAAACUUCCAAUCUUGGAUAUCAAGUCCUCGCAGACCGCAUCACAAAUGGCCAAAUUACGCGAAUAGUCGUCCUAACUGGCGCUGGGAUCAGUACCUCAGCCGGAAUCCCCGAUUUCCGCACGCCAGGAACAGGUCUUUACGAUAAACUCGCACCACUGAAUCUUCCUUACCCAGAAGCAAUAUUCUCGAUCAGCUACUUCACGCACACGCCCGAGCCUUUCUACGCAAUUGCACGGGCACGGCAUCCGGGGAAUCUCAAACCGACCAUCUCCCACGCUUUCUUGGCGCUGCUGGCGAAGAAGAAUCUUCUCCAUUUUCUGUUUACGCAGAACAUCGAUGGCUUAGAGGAAGAUGCGGGUGUUCCGGUUGACAAGUUGCUCUGGACACAUGGAAAUUGGAAAAGUCAGCAUUGUCAUAAGUGUCAUGCUGAGUACCCAGAUGAUUUGAUGAAAAACGCCAUUAGGGCUGGUGAGGUGCCUUAUUGUCUGAAAACGGAAUGCGGGGCAGCAGUGAAGCCCGAUGUUGUGUUCUUUGGGCAGUCUCUUCCUGCUGAGUUUGAAGAUAGGCAGAAGAUGGCUGCGGAAGCGGAUCUCAUGCUUGUCAUGGGUACUAGUUUGAAGGUUGCGCCUUGCUCACAACUACCCCGGCUAGUGAAAGAGGGUGUUCCGAGGAUUCUUAUCAACAUGGAGGGGGCUGGAGAUAUGGGCAAUAGGGGCCAAGAUUUGUGUAUUCUUGGGACCUGUGACAACGGAGUACGCGAGCUUGCGGAUGCCUUGGGAUGGAGGGAUGAGCUGGAAACUUUGUGGAAGGACGCUGUGGAUGCCAAGGGCGAUAUUAAGGAGCUUGAAGAUGGUCCGACCCUAGAUGAGUGCAUUGCAAAAAUUGCGAGCACGAUGAAUGAUAAGAUGAAGAUUUCUAAUGGGCAUAAGCGCAUGCUGGAAAAUCAUCUCAGUAGCAAGUUUGCUCAGAUGAUGGCGAAGCCGCCUGCACAAUCGUGA